AUGUCUCUGACCGAGCCAAGGCUUCGCUAUCCUCCCUCGUCUGGUCUGCCACCUUCGCCACCUUCGGCGCGGUUACUAGUCGCCGCCGCUGCGGCAGCUGCCGCCGCCUUCUCGUCAGUCUCAUCUACAGCCAGUAAGUCUACCGAAGCCUCAGAGACCGGAGGUCCGACGAAUUUUGCCACCUCCACCGUCGUCGGAGAGACAUCGAGUUGUGGUCUGAGACUUGGUCAAAGGAUGGUAGCACCGGACAACAGCGCUUGCAUGCCCGGCUGCCCAGAGACGGGCGCAGGUCAAAAAGAGCCGGAGCCAGGGUCAGUGGUGGAGCCAGGAGUAGAGAUGGAGUCGGAGACAAUACGACCGGUUUCGGUGACCGCCGUUUUGGAGGCUCCAGACGCUCUCGAGACAAGUUUCGGCGACAGUAUGCGCCGGCGCACAAGUCAGUCUAGAGAUGGCAAACGAGCCGCAUCCGUCCUCAGCCUGGCCAACGAACCUUUGGCCGGUCGAGUGGCCAGUCUGCCCAAAUUUGAGAGGCGCGAGUGCCCAGCUUCGACUCCGCGAUUCCGGGUACAGUAA